AUGGCUGGCGCUUCGAACAUUAUUCUUACGCAAGGUCGUUAUGACCCAUGGUCAGGCGGUGGCUUCAAGGCGGAUUCCCCGAGCGUGAGUCAAGAUCGCGGAAUCUACGUGAUGGAAAUAGACGGCUCUGCUCAUCAUCUUGAUUUGCGCACGCCGAACACCUGUGAUCCGAACACAGUGGCAAACGCUCGAUUCCAGAUCGUCGGGAUAUUGGACUGCUGGAUCCAGGGAUGCAAUAGUCUGCCGAAACUCACCAACCUUCCAAGCUUAUCAGUAUCGAACGGUGUGAAAUGUGCAGACGUGAACUUGGGAUAUCCAUGGGGUCAAACAGCUACAGGCAGUAGUUCCACCACAGUCGCAGGAUUUUGCUAUGCUUGCUUUUUGUUGCGAAAAGUUUUUUCUUUUUAA